CUCACACAUCCUGUAGCAGGAGCAUGUCUCUCUAGAUCAGGCACAGCAGGACUUUUAGUUUGAAGUUGCUCUUUAUUCUUGAAGUGGAACAGGUCAGAUUGAAUUAAUAUUGGUUAUACGGGAGGUAGAUAUAAGCAUUUCACUACUCGCAAUAACAUCUGCUAACCAUGUGACCAAUAAAAUUUGAUUUAGUAUCCUUAGCCUACAACAUGUGACUAGAACAGAAUGGACUGGCCACACGGAUGGUAUUAACACAGUAGUUCCUCCAUUGCACUUUAUUGUCCCUGCUGAAUAUGCAUACUACAACUGCAAGGUCAUGAAGAUGCCAAAGCUCAAUGGGAAACAUCAUAUGUAUCGGGUGGAGCCAGUGAUCAAGAACCUGGACCUGGUCCACCACAUGCUUCUCUACAGCUGCCCCUUUAUCUGUGAUCCAGAUCAACAAGCAGCAAUGCUACACGGGAGGACCAUGGGCAGACUGCUUCAAAGUGGUAGCUGUCUGGGCCGUGGGAGGACUGGUGAUGUUUACAUUUAAUUAAUUUAGCAGACACUGUUAUCAGUGCCACGGACCUUUUGAUUACUUGCCCAACUCUCUUAACUACUAGGCUACCUGCCGCCCCCAGAGACAUUAAUGCAUGAACACCCACGUUAGUCUGAGCUGUCUCUACGUCGUCUUCAUUCCAGGCUUUCGAGCUUCCAGAAAAUGCUGGCAUCCCUAUUGGAGGACAUGAUUAUGAUGAGUUCUACAGGCUGGAAAUUCACUACAACAACCUGGCCCAGGAAACGGGUCACAUUUCACUAGCUAGUAAUACAUUUUUUCCCAAACCACUGCUAUAGGAUCACUGGGCUUACUCUGCGCCAGUCUUGAUGAUUAGGCCGGAGGGAUCGCUCUGGCAUGAGGCUGUACUACACAGACCAGCUCAGACAGCAUGAUGUGGGCAUCAUAGAUGCAGGCCUAAUGGUAUCCAGCUGGGGCUACGCCAUCCCUCCCACCGCCUCUGCCUUCAGAAGCUACGGCCUCUGCAAGACAUCGCACUUCUCAGAUAUCCUGCCUGAACCUGUCCCUGACCUCUCUGUGAUCUCUAUCACGCUGCACACUCACCUGGCUGGGAGGAAGGUGAGAGUUGGACUCUUCAGGGUGAUGAGAUUGUGGUGGAGUGCACCUAUAACACAGCCACUCACGAGGGAAUCACGCAGUUGGGGCUGGCCACCACUGAUGAGGUGUCUGGCCUUUAUCAUCUACUACCCAGCCAUCAGUGUUGACCACUGCUGGAGCCAGCCAAACAUGCAUGCAUACACGGCCAUGAUGGGGAAGACUGACUACAAGUAAGAGCCUUCACACUGUCAGUUUCACCCACUAAAUGCAUGCUCUUCAACCGAUCACUGCACGCACCUGCCCGCCCGUCCAGCA